GCUGGGAGCAGGAACUAAGGCAGAGCUUGCAGCCAGGUGCUAGCACGCUGGCGUCUAGGCGUGGUCCCGGGCAAGGUCUACCACUUCCAUCCGAAGGCGCCUACCGCCUCGCCUCGCACCUUCAGGACGGCCUCCGCCGGGCCACCCCUCUGCCCCGCUGCCCCCGCACGCGCCCGCUGCUCCGGGCUCCGGGCCCAUCAGGCAGCCGCCCACAGCCAGCGGCCCCGGGAGGCGGCGCGGCCUGGGAGGCGGACCGCAGGCGCUCCACUCCCUGAAGCAAGUGUUUCCUGAGCGCCCGCAGCGCCGACCCGCGCGCCAGCCACCCUUCUGGGAGCAGCGUGAGCGGCACCGCUGCGGGAGCAGUGUGACCGCACCCGGCUCGGCCGUCUGGAUGUUGCCGGUGUACCCAGAGGCGAAGCACAACCCGCUGGGGGACGCGAACAUCUGCUCGCGCCUGUUGUUCUGCUGGCUAACCCCCCUGUUGCGAGUUGGCUACAAGCGGAGGUUAGAGGAAGAUGACAUGUACUCGGUGCUUCCAGAAGAUCGCUCUGCGCACCUUGGAGAAGAGCUGCAAGGGUGCUGGGAUCAAGAAGUUUCGAGAGCUGAGAAAGACGCCCGGGAGCCUUCUUUAACGAAAGCCAUCAUCAAGUGUUACUGGAAACCCUAUUUAGUUUUGGGAAUUUUUACGUUUCUUGAGGAAGGCACCAGAAUAGUUCAUCCUGUACUUUUGGGGAAAAUUAUUAGUUAUUUGGAAUACUACGAUCCCAGUGAUUCUGCCGCCUUCCGUGAAGCCUUGGCCUACGCCGCAGGGCUGAGCGUCUGCGUGCUCACCUGGGCCUUUCUGCACCACUUGUACUUCUAUCACAUUCAGCGUGUGGGGAUGAGGCUGAGGGUAGCCGUGUGCCACAUGAUUUACCGCAAGGCACUUCGCCUGAGCAACUCGGCCACAAGGGAGACCAGCACCGGCCAGAUAGUCAAUCUGCUGUCCAAUGACGUGAACAGGUUUGACCAGGUGACGAUGUUCCUGCACUUUCUGUGGGUGGGGCCUCUGCAGGCUGUGGUGGUGACCGCCCUGCUCUGGAUGGAAGUAGGAAUAUCAUGUCUUGCGGGGAUGGCGGUUCUAAUUCUUCUCCUGCUUUUGCAAAGCUGCAUCGGGAAGUUGUUUUCAUUGCUCUGGAGUAAGACUGCAGCUUACACAGAUGUCAGGAUCAGGACCAUGAGUGAAGUUAUAACUGGCAUCAGAACAGUAAAAAUGUACACUUGGGAAAAGUCAAUUAUGGAUCUUAUUGCCAGAUUGAGAAGGAAGGAAGUUUCCAAGAUUCUGAGAAGUUCCUACCUUAGAGGACUGAAUUUGGCAUCAUUUUUUGCUCUGAGCAAAAUCAUGGUUUUUGUCACCUUCAUCACCAGUGAAGUCCUUGGCAACGUGAUCACAGCCAGCCAAGUGUUUGUGGUGGUGACACUGUUCGAGGCUCUGCGGUUGACAGGCACCCUCCAUUUCCCCAUGGCCGUCGAGAAGGUGUCCGAGGCAGUCGUCAGCAUCCAAAGAGUCAAGAACUUUCUGUUACUUGAGGAGACAUCACAGCACAACCCUCAGCUGCCAUCAGAUGGUGAAGCGAUAGUACACAUGCAUGAUUUCACUGCUUUUUGGGACAAGGCAUCUGAAACCCCAACCCUCCAAGGCCUUUCCUUUACUAUCAGACCUGGGGAACUGUUAGCUGUGGUCGGACCUGUAGGAGCAGGAAAGUCGUCACUGUUGAGUGCGGUGCUGGGGGAGCUGCCCCCGAGUCAGGGGGAGGUCACCGUGCGCGGGAGGAUCGCGUAUGUUCCUCAGCAGCCCUGGCUGUUUCCCGGAACCGUGAGGAGUAAUAUUUUAUUUGGGAAGAAAUAUGAAAAAGACCGAUAUGAAAAAGUACUAAAGGCUUGUGCUCUGGAAGAGGAUUUGCAGCCUUUGGAGGAUGGGGAUCUAACUGUGGUCAGAGGCCGGGGAACCCCGCUGAGCGCAGGGCAGAAAGCCCGAAUCAGCCUUGCAAGAGCCCUGUAUCAGGACGCAGACAUCUACCUCCUGGACGACCCGCUCAGCGCCGUCGAUGCAGGAGUCAGCAGGCACCUGUUUGAACAGUGUAUCCGCCAAGCCUUGCGUGAGAAGAUCACAAUCUUAGUGACCCAUCAGCUGCAGUAUCUAAAGGAUGCAAGUCAGAUUCUGAUAUUGAAAGAUGGCAAAAUUAUGAAGAAGGGGACUUUUGCUGAGUUCCCAAAACCUGGGGUAGAUUUUGAAGAUAUCCCUUUAAAGGAGAAGGAGGCUGAACCACCUCCAGUUCCAGACUCUCCCACUCCGAGUCAGGCCUCUGAAUCUUCUGUUGAGUCUCAAGAGAAUCCCAGACCCUUGUUGGAAGACGCUGCUCCUCAGGACCAAGACGCUGAGAAUAUACGGGUUACAUUGUCACUGGAGAGCCGUUCAGAGGGAAAAGUUGGUUUUAAGACCUACAAGAAUUACUUCAUAUCUGGCGAUAACUGGUUUAUCAUCAUUUUCCUUAUUCUAGUAAACAUCGCAGCUCAGGUGUCCUAUGUCCUUCAGGAUUGGUGGCUCUCAUCCUGGGCAAAUGGACAAAGUUCCCUGUAUGCCAUUGAGUAUUUAAAAGGAAAAAUAACUUUCAUACCUGAUCCUGUCUGGUACUUAACAGCUUAUUCAGUUCUAACUGCGGGUACCGUCCUUUUUGGCAUCACAAGGUCUCUGUUGAUGUUCUACAUCCUUGUUAAUUCUUCACAAACUUUUCACAACAAAAUGUUGGAGUCCAUUUUGAGAGCUCCGGUCUUGUUCUUCAAUAGAAAUCCAGCAGGAAGAAUUUUAAAUCGUUUCUCCAAAGACACUGGGCAUAUGGAUGACUUGCUGCCCCAGAUAAUUCAAGAUUUCAUGCAGACAUUUCUUCUUGUGAUGGGUGUGGUGGGCGUGAUGGUGGUGGUGAUUCCUUGGACUGUGAUACCCCUGAUUCCACUUGGCAUCAUCUUCUUUGUUCUUCGGAGAUAUUUCUUAGAGACAUCACGAGAUGUGAAACGCCUGGAAUGCACAACUCGGAGCCCGGUCUUUUCCCACUUAGCAUCUUCUCUCCAGGGACGCUGGACCAUCCGGGCGUUCAAAGCGCAACAGAGGUUUCAGGAGCUGUUUGACGCUCACCAGGAUUUGCACUCAGAGGCCUGGUUCUUGUCUUUGACCACGUCCCGAUGGUUCGCCCUGUGCCUGGAUGCCAUCUGUGCUGUCUUUGUCAUUGGUGUUGCCUUUGGGUCCCUGUUUCUGGCAGAAACUUUGAAUGUCGGGCAGGUGGGCCUGGUGCUGUCUCUCGCCCUCACGUUCACGGUGAUGGUCCCGCGGUGCAUCAGGCAAAGUGCCGAAGCCGAGACUAUGAUGAUUUCAGUAGAAAGAGUGAUUGAAUAUACAGACCUUGAGAAGGAAGCGCCGUGGGAAUACAAGUAUCAUCCUCCGCCGUCCUGGCCCCAUGAAGGAUUGAUUGGCUUUUAUAAUGUGAGAUUCAGGUACAGCUCAGAUGGGCCUCUGGUCCUGAAGAACUUCACAGCACCAAUUUCCCCAAAUGAAAAGGUUGGCAUUGUGGGAAGAACAGGAGCUGGAAAAAGUUCACUCGUCUCGGCCCUUUUCAGAUUGUCAGAACCCGAAGGUAGAAUUUGGAUUGAUGGGAUCUGGACAACCACCAUUGGACUUCACGAUUUAAGGAAGAAAAUGUCAGUCGUACCUCAGGAACCUGUUUUAUUCACUGGGACAAUGAGGAAAAAUCUGGAUCCCUUUCAUGAGCAUACGGAUGAGGAACUGUGGAAUGCCUUAGAAGAGGUUCAACUUAAAGAAGCUGUUGAAGGUCUCCCUGGGAAACUGAAUACUGAAUUAGCAGAAUCUGGAUCGAACUUGAGUGCUGGACAGAGACAGCUGGUGUCCUUUGCCAGGGCUAUUCUCAGGAAAAAUCAGAUAUUGAUUAUUGACAAAGCCACAUCCAAUGUGGAUCCAAGAACUGAUGAGGUAAUUAAGAAGAAAGUCCGUGAGAAAUUUGCCCAGUGCACUGUGUUAACCAUCACAAACAGGUUGAGCACCGUUAUUGACAGCGAAUUUGUAAUGGUUUUGGAUUCAGGAAGACAAAGAGAAUACAGUUCGCCAUAUAAGUUGUUGCAAAAUAAGAACAGCCUAUUUUACAAGAUGGUGCAACACCUGGGGGAGGCUGAGGCCACUGCCCUCACUGAGACAGCAACACAGGUGCACAUGGAAAGGAAAUAGCCAGAAAUUACUCACAACAGCCACACGGUUCUGAACGUUUCCAGUGGACGGGCCUCCGCCUGAACAGUGUGGGGGCAGCACUGUGAUCCUGCCGUGAGGGCAGGUGUGCUCCAGAGGCAUUUCUCCAAGUUUUUGCAUUGCAUAAACUGUAUUUUACUUUUUUUUAUACCAGCAACAAAUAUUUACACAUACAGGAUGUUAGUUUAUUUUUUUUUUCUUACACCUUCACCCGGUGAUUGCAAGCUCUUACAAAAAUGAUUUGUUAUUUUUAUUUAUAUGUUACACUUUUUUUUCUUAUCCAAAUCAGAGGCUCAGGCCACCAAUAAAAACUGUCUCUCAGGUUUUGUGCCUC